GCCGCCGGUGUCCCCUCGCGAUUCGACGCCCCUGCCCCCCGCGGUACUACCGCGCCUCCAGUUGCUCCGCAGCUGUCGCGCGCGUCGGUCGCGUGUCUCGUGCGACUUUGCUACCCAUCCACCGUAAUAUGGAUAUAUACUACACCCGCGCUCUUAUCGAAAUCCAUUUCGCAUAUUUGUGGCUACGCGAAGUUUCCGACAAACGUAAAUGGAUUAUUUUGUAGAGUGAAAACGGGAAACAAAAGUUUUAUAAGUUCUCUAGCACGAUCAGUGCUGUUAUCAGAAGAUGCUCGACCAUGAAACACAUAAAUGAAAGUAAACACAGCCGCGUGUGAAUUCGCGUUAUCAAUAAAAGGCGUGAUCGACACGCCUGAGCCGACGGAUGAUGGCCUCAGCACAGAACAAUCGUUAACGAUUAAUGAGUCUUUCCAUCGAAACGCCCGCACGCACAGUCGAGAUCUCAUAACGAAAUUCAUUCGUUUGCAGGGCGAUGUGGCUGAUUCAAAUGUAAUUUUAUACGAAUAUAGUUUAACUUAUUUAUUUAUUUAAUAAAUAAAGAAGAAGACGAAAAAAAAAAUUGCAAAAAGACGAAAAAUGGAACGUUUCAAAAUCUAUAAAUCGAUGGUGUUGUGCUUCCUAAAGUGGUGAUCUAGUGUCAAAGUGCCUCGAAAGUCUGAUAUAAUAGACUGUUUAUUAGGUGUAAGUUAUAAUUGUGCUAAGGAUUAUGCUGAUCAAUACGUUUUUGGACACGGAGGAUUUCGUGCACCUGUAUUACGCCGAGGAUGAGGGUACAGCGCAGGGGUGCGGGGCCGGGGCGCGUAUGGCCUCCAAGUACCCUGCAGCCAGGCCGCCUUCUCCAGAAUAUUCACAGGUGACAGCGUCGUCGAGCGAGAUGGGUGAGCGGGAGCGUUACCGCGCCCCGCCGGAGCCUCCGCCGCGACGAGCCGCCGACCUCUUCCCGCGGCACCGCACGCACUACGACGAGCCCGACCUCGACGCCGGCUUCUCGCCCAUCCCCGGCGAGUUCGUGCAGUGGGUCAGUAGAACGGCAGAUGGCGGCACUAUCGCCAUGUCGAACUACAGAUUACACGCUCAGCCGAGACGCCGACACGGACCCGGCUCGUCCGUUCCCUUGCGUCUCAUCGAUGCUUUGGAGAUUCGGGAUAUACAGCAUCUGAUCAUUCUUUGCAAGAAUGGUGGCCAAUUGAAAUGUACGUUCAACACCGGUGAUCAGUGUCUGGAGUGGUGGCGCCGGCUGUCAACAGCCGCACUCUCGCCCCUGACUUCCAUCCAGGACACUUUCGCUGCUGCUUACGCCGCCUGGGCUAAGGAGCAGCCCAAGUCGUCCGUGCACCGAGCUUUGAUCGACGAUUCCAUGGCAACCCAGCGACACUGGUUCACGAUCGAAAUGGAACGUUUAGGCUUCACAGAAAAGGGUGCUUGGCGCGUAACAUCUGUCAACUCCGAGUUCAAGCUCUGCCCCUCGUAUCCGCCUUUACUCGUGGUGCCUGCGUCCAUCGGUGAUGAAGAUUUGGACUCUGUCGCUAGGUUCCGUGCGAUGCGUCGCAUCCCGGCCGUGGUGUGGCGGCACGCGGGCACGGGCGCGGUGAUCGCGCGCUCGUCGCAGCCCGAGGUGGGCUGGCUGGGCUGGCGCUCGGCGGAGGACGAGCGGCUGCUGGCGGCCUUCGUGUCCUCGUGCGCGGCCGACCGCGGCGCCACCAAGCUCAACAACCUGCUCAUCGUCGACGCCAGGUCCUACGCCUCCGCCGUCACCAACAGAGCGCGCGGCGGCGGCUGCGAGUGCGCCCAGUACUACCCGCUGGCGGACAUACAGUUCAUGUGCCUGCCCAACAUACACCACGUGCGGAGGAGCUUCCAACAGCUUCGGGCGCUGGCCGCCGAGCCCGCGGACCCGGCCAACUGGCACAGCGGCGUGGAGCGCACGCUGUGGCUGCAGUACCUGGCGGGGCUGGGGCGCGCGGCGGCGGGCGUGUGCCGCGCGGUGGCGGCGGGCCGGCCCGUGCUGGUGCACUGCUCGGACGGCUGGGACCGCACGCCGCAGAUCGUCGCCACCGCGCAGAUCAUGCUGGACCCCUUCUACCGCACCAUCGACGGCUUCCGGGUUCUGGUGGAGCGCGAGUGGCUGGACUUCGGGCACAAGUUCUCUGAGCGCUGCGGCCACCAGUUCGGACCCGAGGACCCCAACGAGCGCUCGCCGGUGUUCCUGCAGUGGCUCGACCUCGUGCACCAGCUGCAGCGGCAGUUCCCCUGCAGCUUCCAGUUCAACGAAGCCUUCCUGAUAAAGCUGGCGACGCACGUGCACUCGUGCAUGUUCGGCACGUUCCUGUGCGCCAGCGCGCGGGAGCGGCGCGCGGCGGGGCGGGGCGCGGCGUGCGUGUGGAGCCUGCUGCGCGCGCCCGCCUACUGCAACCCGCUGUACGCGCCCGCGCCGCGCCCCGACCUGUGGCCCGACUACACCGUGCGCUCGCUGCGCCUGUGGGAGGGCGUGUUCGGCGCGCCCGCCCCGCCGCCCCCCGCGCCGCCCGCCGCGCCCCAUGUGGUGCCGGCCACCAUGACGAAGACCCGCUCGUGCGACGACCUGCUGGGCGAGUGCGAGAAGCGGACGGCGCAGCGCCGCUGCAGCGACCCCAGCCUCGCGCCCGACCUCAUGAAACUAUCUCGGGUCGUCAAAGAGAACAGCGCCCUGACCGACAGCUGUGUGGAGAGACUGGCUGACCUGGACGACGCCGCCCAGCAGCACGACCAGGUGGACGGCGCGCCAGACGAAGAGCCGGCGCGGGGGAUUGGCGCCGGGCGAGGGGACGGCGCCGGGCUCGCGGUCGGCACGGUGACGGCGUGCGCGGGCGCGGAGGCGGAGGCGGAGGCGGCGGCGGGCUCCCCGGAGGAGGCGCCGGUGUUCCUGUGCGACAACUACAGCGACGUGCUGGCGCUCGGAGACGCGAGCCGCGAGGGGGGCCGCACCCGCCACAUCAGCAUCACGUGGCGCUCCGUGUCCGAGUCCAGCACGCACUCCUCCAGCCCCACCGACACCGCGCCCUCUGCCGCGCUACCGGCUGACCUCAACGUCGACCUCAAUGCAGACCUCAAUGUCGACCUCAAUGCAGACAUCAACAGCGAUCUCAAUGUAGACCUCAACGCUGAUGUCGAUCCUGCUCACAAUGUACAGGAAGUCACCGCCAAAUUUCUCGAAGUCGAACUUAACGGCGGCGCGGCGUGGAGCAGCGGCAGCUCGUCCAGCUCGUGCGAGGGGGAGAGGCGCGGCGCCUCGCAGGCCACGCUGUGUCCCCGCCCGCGCCGGCCCCCCACCGAUUGUUCAGGCGCGUCGACGUCCUGGUGGGACGCGGCGGAGCCCCCGGACGGGCUGCCCCUCGCGCUCGACCCGCUGCAGGAGCGGCUGCACCAGAUCAUUACACAUCAAAAGAAAGUGGUUGAGGACUUGACGGGGCAGCUCCGCGAGUGUCGCGAGGCGCUGCGCCGCGCCUCCCCGCCGCCCGCGCCCCCCGCGCCACGCCCCCCACCGCCCGUCGCGCCGCCGUCGUCGAGCAGCAGCCGCAGCAGCCGGAGCAGCGGCAGCGGGUCGGCGUCCGAGGUGGAGGUGGGUGAGGAAGCGCGCGGCGUCACGUGGCUGCCCGACAGUGCGGCGCCGCGCUGCCAGCACUGCCACCACCACUUCUGGCUCGCUAGGAGGCGCCACCACUGCAGACGGUGCGGUGGGAUAUUCUGCGGGUCGUGUGCCGAGCUGAGCCCGUGGGGGUCGCGGGGGCACGUGCGCAUGUGCGCCCCCUGCCGCGCCCGGUGACCGCCCCGCCCCCGCCCCGCCGCCCGCAGCCCCGCGCGCCCCCUCGCGACGCCCGUACUGCUAUACGAACGAAAUACCUCAUUAUUAUUAUUAUGAAUAAUUCAUAAAUCAAAUCGUACUGAGGACUUACAAUGUGCUGCGUUAGAAAACGAUGAAGACCCUCACAGUAAUAUAAAGACCUCAUUUGACUCAAACUUUUCUAACGGACAUUCUAAGUUUGCGACACAGGCGACCACGCGGGUGCCUAGCGAACAAGUCGUGUGUGUUCUAUCGUAUCUCAAGCGAACGGUGACCGUCGUGUGGUCACCACUAUCGUUGAGACGUGUUAAAACACGAAAACGUGUUUGUAUCCAUCGGUCCCGCCGCGGGGUCGCCGCCGGGGAUGAUGACAGGUAAAACAUAAGAACCUCAAGUGUGGUUAAACUGCAGCUCUGACCCCACGCGCUAAACAAACUGCACCUGACCUUAUGAAUUAUCAUAACAAUUGUUUAAUUUUAUGAAGGCGAGGCGCGUCCGUUGUCGAUGUCCGCGGACCGCACCGCGCCGGGGGACGCGAAGCAUUUAUCGUUUAAGAAAUAUUCAAGGCGUUGUUUUAAAGCGAGAGUUUAAAUUAGGGAAUCGUUUCCGCAGCCGCCCUCACCGCCAGAGCGCUUAUGGACUUCAGAACUUGCAACUAUACUGAGACCUUAGAACUCAUCUCAAAGUAGCGGUAGGCAGCGGCUUGGUUCUGCCCCUGGCAUUGCUGAAGUCCAUGGGCAACGGUAACCACUCACCAUCAGGUGGGCCGUAUGCUCGUCUGCCUACAAGGGCAAUAAAAAAAAAAUUAAAAAAAAAAAAAAAAGUGGGUGGCGGCAUUUACGUUGUAAAUGUCUAAGGGCUCCGGUAACCACUUAACACCAGGUGGGCUGCGAACUCGUCCACCCAACUACGCAAUAAAUAAAAAAAGAAAAAAAUAUCGAUACCAAAAUUUUUGGUCAUACACAUCACUUAACGUAACGAAUUCAAGAAGAACCUAUAAAGCGCUCGGGUGAGCGCGGCCGCGGCGAGACAAGGACAAAUGAUUUUAGUAAAUGUACGCGAAGGCUGAAUUAAUUAAAUUAUAAUUAAUAAAUAUAUAUAUAUCUUAUAUAUAAAAAUAUAAAGGAAAUUCGUGUUACCUAAUAUGAAGUAAUUUAAAUGGCACUCGUUAUUAAGAUAUAUAUAUAUUUAAAAAAGAAAUGUUUUAAUUGUAAAAUGUUUAAAUGUUUUAUUUAUCGCGAGUGCCCGCGCGGCACGGCCCGCCCAACACGUACAGUAACCGUAUUUAUAAUAAUUGAAUGAUUUUAACGAACUCUGUGGUCAAACGAAGGUCCCUACGCGUCGGGGCCAAAGAAUACAAACUGACAUUUUGUAUAAUAAAACUUUUCACUUCGUUUUUUUUUUUUUGUAAAAUAAAGUUUUUAAUUAUUAUUUUUGUUUCUAUUAAACUAGUUUUGUACAGUUGUUUUGUUUCACUCCACGUCGGGCGACACUCGAGACAAGGACGGAGGUAUGCGCGCGGCAACGUGCGCGAGCGAGAUAUCGAUAGCGCGUCCAUUUUUUUAAAUUCGAUUGUCGUGUCAUAGACUAAUUAACGCACGCGACACGUUUUCGAUAAUAAUAUUAUAAAUGAGUAAAAUGACUGAUGUGUGUAUGUAGUGACUUCAUUACAAAGAAAACUCGUUAAUUUAUUAUUAAUAUUUCAAUUGCUGAGAAUUUUAAUAAUUUUUUUCUUACAUUACAUUUUUAUUAGUUGUCAUUAAGCCAUUCGGUAUACAACUAUAGACUAAUGUGUGCGAAAUAAAAGGUCUGAACGACUUUUCUUUAAUUCAUACAAUGUAUUUACGUUUAAUUUGUGAUAAUAAAAAUAAUUAUUUUAUGUAUAAUGUAUUAAGAGUUUAAAACGUCGUUGUUUAGAAGUCAAAUUUUACGAUGAUUGUAAUUGGUUAAGCGCGUCCCGCUGAUAUAUCCACUUCGGAUGUUUCAAAUCAUAUUGCGUAUAUAUAUUUUAUAAAUCUGAACUACAAUACGCAACGUAGCGCUUCUAUGCAUUAUGUGCUCUGUGUUUGUUGUCGACGGUCGGGCGCCAUGUUGGCCGCCAUUGUCACAUGCUAUGCGAAACCGGGGUUCGAGACUGGCCGUGUUUGCUUUUAGACUCGCUAUAACUCACGAGCGCUCACGAGUGCUCAUAGUCAAACUGGUUUACGUCACGCGUCAAUAUAAGUCGAUACGUGAGCGAUAUUUCUAAUCGCAAACACUUGCCUUCGUCUCAGUAUGCUUACAACAAAAUGUGGGGCCGUAAAUCGGUAACGCGCCAAUCGCUUUUAAGAUGUUAUAAACCAACGAACUGUUUGUCAGACGGAUAUUGUUAUGUGUAUAUUUUAUACGUUGGAGCGCCGCGACCGAGCGAGUCCGGGCGACCAACCGAUGACACGAUGUGAAAUAAAGCAUAUUUAGUUUUAA